AGCCAAGAAAAGUUUUCAACCUAGCAACAAUGAAAUUUACUAGGUCUACAAUCGUAUUAUUCGCUGCUUGCAGCAUUGUUUUUGGUGGUACUGGUUUGGCAAAGACUAAUGUAGAAGAUAAAAGUAAUACGGUGGAAACUUCUGGACGACAUGAUGUUCAACCUAGAGUUCUUCCACUUGCUGUUCCACUGGUUGUGGGUUUAUUGGGUGCUUUAGCCGGUGCUGGGGUAACUCAUGCAGUUCACAAAGCACAUGAUAAAAAUAAGGAAAAGGUACCUUCUACUAAAAAAACAACUCAUUCAUCAAAUAAGAAAACAAUCCCGAAAGUGUCUUCUGGGAAAGUAGUAACUAACAAAAAAAAUAGCAAGAAGAUAUCUCCUGUUGACAAUCAAUCUCAUGCAAUUAAUGAGAAAGACAACGAUAAGAUACUUUCUGUCAAUAAAAAACAUCAAACGAUUGAUGGGAACAAUAAGAAGGUUGUUUCUUCAGAUUCUACGAAAAAUAACACGAAUGUGUCUCCUGUUGGCAAACAGUCAGAUGCAGUUAAUAAGAAAGACAACAAGAAGAUACUUUCUGUCGAUAAAAAACCUCCAACGAUUGAUGGGAACAAUAAGAAGGUUAUUUCUUCUGAUUCCAAGAAAAAUAAGCCUACCCAUGUGAGUAGAAUGCUAGGGCCACCGGAAGAAAUAUCGGAAGAAAUACAGGAAGAAAUACUGGAAGAAAUACCGGAAUAAAUACAGGAAGAACUAGAGACAUAACCUAAUUAUGGCAACUUUUCCGAAAAUUGUAAACUUUUGUAAAUUUAAUUUUGGUUAUUGCUGGGUUUGUCAAUAAAGUAUUACAAAGGAA